AUGACACCAAAUGGUUUUAUGUUCCGUGGCAUUUGCCCGACUGAAGUAUAUGAAAAAAUAAUGAUUUUGAAAGUAGACAAGUCGGCAUUAGAUAUUCCAAGAAGAUGCAUAAAAUACGCAGCAAACCAUAUAUAUGAGGCAUUAAGUAUGGUUUUCAAUCAAUCUCUAUUGCAAGUCAAAGCAAACAAUGACGUGCGGUAUUCCACAAGGGAGUUCCCUAGGCCCAGUAUUAUUUUUAAUCUACAUAAACGAUUUACCAAACUGUUCAAAUGCUCUAACAUUUAGAAUAUUUGCAGACGAUACAAACGUUUUUGCCUCAGCCCGCAACCUGAAAGAUCUUGAGGAAAUAGUUAACUCUGAACUUAAAAAAGUGAUAAUAUGGUGUGAUGUAAAUAGAUUGUCAAUUAAUUUCAAUAAAACAAACUUCAUGAUCAUUAAAUCGUCAAACAAAAAAGGUGACUAAGUAAAUAUCAAGAUUGAAAGUGCAGAUGGUACAAUAAAUGUGCUGCAAAGGAAGCAAAAAAUAAAAUAUCUAGGUGUCUUGCUUGAUGAAACGAUGUCUUUCAAUCACCAUAUUUCAUACAUCUGUACAAGAAUUGCGCGAAACAAUGGUAUUAUAUCUAAGCUGAGACAUUAUCUAACUCUUCUACAAAUGAAACAAAUCUACUACAGCUUAAUAUACCCAUAUAUCUCUUAUGCAAUAUCAGCAUAG